AUGGAGGUGUUUGAAAACAAGGAUAACAGUUUUAAAGUUGAGGUGUUGCUUAACCUGGAGUCAGUACAGGAACUUGCACCUAUAAGUAAUGCUGAUACCUCAGCCAAGGCCACGAGACCCAAAUCUCGGCGAUUACGUUCUCUUGAUACUUUUCGUGGUUUGGCACUAACACUUAUGGUCUUUGGCAACUAUGGAGGUGGCAGCUACUGGUUCUUUGAACAUGCCCCAUGGAAUGGAUUGACUGUAGCUGACCUUGUGAUGCCUUGGUUUGUUUUCAUCAUUGGUACGUCUGUAGCCCUGUCCUUCAGUGCUAUGCUCCGACGAGGGGUCCAUCGAUUGCAGUUGCUACGAAAGCUCACCUGGAGAACUGCUAUUCUGCUUCUGAUUGGUGCUUUUUUCACCAACUAUGGCCCAGCUGAUGUAUCAUGGGAAAGGGCCAGAAUCCCUGGAGUUCUGCAACGUCUUGGGUUCACAUAUUUUGUCAUUGCCAUAAUGGAGACUUGUUGUGCUAAAAAGGAUCUGAAACAAUAUGUGGUGAGAAAUUUUUUCUGGUGAUCAGACCGUAUUUGGACUCCGGUUAGGGAAAUUCUCAUCUACUGGCUCGAGUGGACAUUUAUCAUCAUACUGGAAAUAUUGUGGCUGUGUCUCACCUUUCUCCUACCUGUCCCAGGAUGUCCCAGGGGUUACCUUGGAGCUGGAGGAAUAGGAGAUGAUGGAAAGUUCUCAAAUUGUACUGGAGGGGCAGCAGGCUAUAUUGACAAAUGGCUUCUGGGAACGAAUCACAUUUAUAACUGGCCAACAUGCAAGCUAAUGUAUUACACUACUGAGCCAUUCGAUCCAGAAGGAGUCCUGGGAACAAUCAAUUCGGUUGUAAUGGCCUUUAUUGGAUUGCAGGCUGGAAAGAUCAUUCUUGUGUAUUGUCCUAAUCAUUUCAGCAUCCUCAAGCGGUUUCUGAUCUGGACCGUUUUAUUGGGAUUUAUUUCGGCGGUCCUUACAAAAUGCAGCGGGGAGGAAGGGUUCAUCCCCAUCAAUAAAAACCUCUGGUCCCUGUCCUUCAUCACCAUGACAGGCUGCUCCUCUUUCAUCCUGCUGGGUCUGAUGUACUACGUUAUAGACAUGAGGGAGUGGUGGGGUGGGGAGCCAUUCAUCUUCCCAGGAAUGAAUUCAAUCUUCGUUUAUGUCGGACAUUCUAUACUGAGUGGAUACUUCCCAUUCAGUUGGGAAAUGAAGUACGAGAAUACUCAUGCUGAGCGCCUCCUCCAGGAUCUAGUGGGCACUGCUGUUUGGGUUUUCAUUGCAUAUCUGCUGUAUAGAAAGAGAUUCUUCUUAAAAAUAUAA